AUGAAAAAGAUAAGUAGAUUUUAUAAACUCUCUUAAGAGAGAUUAAAAUAUUUUUAUAUUUUAUAUAAGUUUUUUAGAAAAAGAAGUAUUAGUUGGUAAAUGAAAGAAAGUAAUUAGAGUGAGAUUUAGCUGCUGAUGAAUAUAAAAGAUAAGUAUUAAAUAAAAUAAUAUAUUUUAGAUUCUAUUAAAUUAAAAUAAUGAGGGAUUUUUUUAUUUAAAUGUAAAUUUUAUGAUGAAUCAUAUUAGAACAUAUCCUCAUAUUUUAGGAUAACCAGCUAAAAGCAACGAGGUAUGAAUUCUCUUAAAGAAUAUAUUAAUGAAAAAUUUAAUGUAAAAUAUUGAUUAGUAAUAAAAAUAGGAAAUGGAAAAGAUUUAAGAGCAGAAAUUAUUGAGAUCAUAUACUAAUUUCACAGCAUCGUAAUUUAAAAGUUGA